AUCUGUCAUCAUCCUUCGUACAAUGCGAAAAGGGAAGUUGAAAGAAGUGGGAGAGGGACAUCGCGGAGCUUUAUGAAACCUAACGUUACAGUCGCUGGCUGGGUGAUCGAGACACUGUGAACAGACACUGAAGUGCCACAAAGACUGUCCCGGAGACGCCAUUCACAUUAACUAGCUUCCUCUUUUUGGUAGGUAUUUUCUGCAGUUUCUCACAGCACGUCAGCGUCCAGAGGAAGAGACCGGGCAGUGUGACAUGGCAAGUAGAAGUGGAGCUACACGACCCAAUGGGCCGAACGCAGGCAACAAGAUCUGCCAGUUCAAACUCGUGCUUUUAGGAGAGUCAGCCGUGGGGAAGUCAAGUCUCGUACUUCGUUUCGUCAAGGGACAGUUUCACGAAUUCCAAGAGAGCACAAUCGGAGCUGCCUUCCUGACUCAGACGGUAUGUUUGGACGACACAACAGUCAAGUUUGAAAUCUGGGACACAGCUGGUCAGGAGCGCUACCACAGUCUGGCGCCCAUGUACUACAGAGGUGCCCAGGCAGCCAUUGUGGUGUAUGAUAUAACAAAUGAGGAGUCAUUUGUACGGGCGAAGAACUGGGUUAAAGAGCUUCAGAGACAAGCCAGUCCAAAUAUUGUAAUAGCUCUGGCUGGGAACAAGGCUGAUCUCGCAAACAAGAGAGCACUGGACUUCCAGGAUGCACAGUCAUACGCAGAUGAUAACAGCUUGCUUUUUAUGGAAACAUCAGCAAAGACCUCUAUGAACGUCAAUGAGAUAUUCAUGGCCAUUGCAAAGAAGCUACCCAAGAACGAGCCUCAGGCGGCCGGAGCCAGCAGCGGGCGGAACCGGGGAGUGGACCUGACGGAGACGGCUCAGCCCACCAGCCGUCCCUGCUGCAGUAACUAACCCAGCUCUUCCUGCUCAUCCUUCCCACACACCCCGCCACCCCCUCCUUUCCUCCCCCCCUCCUCCCUCCCAACUGAACAUCUGGACAUCGGGCUCCUUGGCUUCCUGACGUCAGACCUGACCGUCAACCUCACCUCCCUGGAAUAGCUAAAAGACUCUGUAUAGCUGCAUUUCUAAUACCUUUUUUUUUUUGUUGAUGUUCUUUUUUUUUCCUUUUUUUUUUUUUUAACUUUUUUUAAGAAGUGUAUAUCAGUAUAAUGGAUGCAUGUAUCACUACAACGCCUAAAAAAACACAUUUUUAUCUCUUAUUCAGUUGGAAGACUAACCCCAAUUAAGAAAGACGAGCGAGCGAGAAACCUGUGAACGUGUGAUUGUGUCGUGUGUGAAUUUCCAAGUGUGAUCUGCUGAUGAGAAGGUGUAGCCUCAUUUGUCACUUCACAGGGCUGACUGGAUGCGAAUGGUGUUGCCUGUAGUGCUCUUUGUGUGCGGGUUAAGUUAUGCUCACAAUCAGAAGAAAACCAAAUUGUUCCCAUCUUGAGACGCCUGGCUUCCCGGACCGUCUGUUGUGAGGCAUCGAUGCGUUGAGACGGUGCCAGGAAAGGACUGUUGCGCAAACCAAGACUCCCUCCCUCCCUCCCUUCUCACAUCUGUUACACAAGAAGUCGUCUUCAUCCAAGGAUGGAAAGUGCGGAAAAUAAAUUUGGUACUGUCCAGUUGUUGAAAUAGCUGGAAAAUACACAAAAAAAGUCUUUGAGAGUAUUGUAAAGAAAAACCACCUUGAUACACAUCUGGCUUCCUAUAACACAUGACCAUCUGUAGAGCAAUACGAGCUCGUCACAUCGCCGUACAUCAUACUGAACAAAGUCAUGGUGCAGAAAACACUGAGGUGGAACAUGAGGAACAUCGUCAGGUCAACAUGAGCUUUUGACGUUUAAAAAUUCUUCAUCAAGUCCAUCACAGAAGUUAAAUUCGGACACUGAUACGGCUUCACAUGGAAAAGAAAAUCAACAGGAACCUUGAACAUCCUGCUUUGUGGGUUGCAAAGACUUGAACAUACGACUAGUUCUACUCAUCUAUGUUGAUCCGCUCUGUUUCUGUCCAGGCCAGUAAUCAACCUGCAUCAAUUUGGGUGAUCUCAAUCAAACGGGGGGGGGGGGGGGGGGGGGUUGUUUUUUAGACUAGAGUUCAGACAGCACACAAACAGAAAAUUGGAUUACCACCCAUUGUCACAAGUCUGUGGAAAAAAAAUAUACUCUAAUGUUGUUAUAGGGUGCAAUGUUGCAAUGUUGUCUUCUUCCUCCUUUAGCACAGCUUGCAGGGCUUGUGAGCUCACCAGGAAAUUAUCUAGAGAUUCCGAACAAUUGUACAGUUCAAUAUAGGUCUGCUUUUUUUUUUUUUUUUUUAAUUUUCAUCCUAGACCUUGUCACAAACUGGUCAAAUGUUAAGCAGUGGUGGUCUUUUUAGGUAUAUGUAGUGUUAUUAACAGAAUCCCUUUCUGGUGUCUUGUUACUUUUCUCAGAAAUGGUCCAUGGUCAUGUUUGAAAGGAACUUUUAUUGCAUUGCACAGUGUUGAUCAUGUUUUAAUUAAUGACUGCCCUUCGAUUUUAUAUGACGGACUGUAUUGGACUUGCUAACCUACAGCUGUAAGCAGGUAGCAUAAUUAACCUUACUGGUGGUCUCUCUUACAGCUCAAUGAAUUUUAAUGAUGUAAAACAGCAUUACUAGUGAUGGGCUGAUCAGUUUUGAGUGUCUGAAUACAACUUAAUAAAUUCAAUAAAGAGG